GGCGUGUCGACAUGUCAUUCACAUGUUUCCACCAUUGAGUUAGCAACCUCUACUGGGUUCCUGUUGUUCAUUUAGGACUUUAAAGAAAGGUUUCCACGGUUUAAAACAUACACUCAAGAAUGGAUUCCACUUUAACGGCUAAAGAUAUUCGUAGAAUGUUCAUCGACUUUUUCCGAUCAAAGGACCAUACAUUUGUUCCCUCAUCGUCUACCAUACCAGUUGAUGACCCAACACUACUAUUCACAAAUGCUGGCAUGAACCAGUUCAAGCCCAUUUUCCAAGGAACCGUUGAUCCUUCUUCGGACUUUGCUACUUUGUCCCGAGCUGCCAAUUCCCAGAAGUGUAUACGUGCAGGUGGCAAGCACAAUGAUCUUGAUGACGUUGGAAAGGAUACCUACCACCAUACCUUCUUUGAAAUGAUGGGGAACUGGUCUUUUGGAGACUACUUCAAAGAAGAAGCUAUAAAGAUGGCUUGGUCUUUCCUCACGGAGUCUUUGAAGUUACCUAAAGACAGGCUCUACGUGACAUACUUUGGUGGAGACGAAAAGCUAAAGCUUCCGGCAGAUGACGAAUGCAAAGAGAUAUGGCUUAACACGGGAUUGCCACCGGAGCGGGUCCUCCCAUUCUCCGUCAAAGACAAUUUCUGGGAAAUGGGAGAGGUGGGGCCGUGUGGCCCUUGCUCUGAGAUACACUAUGAUCGUAUCGGAGGAAGGUUUGUCGCUGAUCGCGUGAACAUGGACGACCCUAACGUGCUUGAACUCUGGAAUGUUGUGUUCAUGCAGUUCAACAAAGAGUCUGAUGGGAGCAUUAAGCCACUACCAAAAAACAAUGUUGAUACUGGUCUGGGCCUUGAAAGGAUAGUCUCAGUAGUCCAGGGAAAGUUCUCCAACUAUGACACUGACCUCUUCCUUCCUAUCUUUGAUGCCAUAGAAGCAAAAACAGGCUCAAGGAGUUAUACUGGAAAGAUUGGAGCUGAAGAUGUUGAUGGUGUUGAUAUGGCAUACAGAGUAGUUGCUGAUCACAUUCGUACGCUAACAAUAGCGAUAUCUGAUGGAGGCAAACCAGACGCAACUGGUAGAGGUUACGUGUUGCGACGUAUAUUACGAAGAGGUGUGCGGUACAUAACAGAAAAAUUGAAUGCCAAGCCUGGGACAUUUGCAUCACUUGUUCCUACAGUUUUAGACGUAUUGGGAGAGGCAUUUCCUGAGAUUACUAAAGAUCCAGAAAUGGUAAUGGAUACUAUUAAUGAAGAAGAGAAGCAGUUUCUCAAGACUUUGUCUCAUGGAAAGAGAAUGUUUGAGAGGAAACUUCGCAAGAUUGAGAACAACCUUUUACCCGGUGAUGUUGCCUGGAGAUUAUAUGAUACUUAUGGAUUCCCCGUUGACCUGACACAACUUAUGGCUGAGGAGAGACAAGUAACAGUUGACAUGGAGGGAUAUGAAAAGGCAAAGGCUAUGGCACAAGAGAAAGCCCGUGGUACAGGCCGUGAGAUUGAUGAGUCACUUCAAUUGGAUGUCCACGCUAUCAGUCACCUUCAAUCCAAAGGGGUACCUCCCACCAACGACUCGUCUAAAUAUGAUUAUUCCAGUGACGAGUCUGGGAAUUACAAGUUCCAAUCUUGUGAAGGUUCUGUCAUUGCCCUCCGAUACAAUAAGGAGUUUGUCGAUGAGGUUUCUUCUGGGCAAGUUGUCGGAGUCCUCACUGAUAAGACUUGCUUCUAUGCAGAGCAAGGCGGUCAGAUUUAUGACGAAGGAUACAUUGUAAAGAUUGGAGAGGAAGAGACAGAGUUUAUAGUUCGUGAUGUUCAAGUUAGAGGUGGCUAUGUGUUGCAUGUUGGAUCCAUCGAAGGCACACUUAGAGUUGGAGACAAAGUUAACAUGACAAUUGAUGGAGAUCGUCGCUCAGACGUUAUGAAGAAUCACACCGGUACUCAUGUGCUUAAUUUUGCGUUACGCCGAGUGAUCGGAGAAGCCGAUCAAAAAGGAUCCCUAGUUGCACCUGACAGACUUAGAUUUGACUUCUCAGCCAAAGGUGCUAUGAAAACAGAUCAGAUAAAGAAAUGUGAAGAGGUUGCUCUGGAAGUCAUUAAAGCUAGUCACCCUGUCUAUGCCCAAGAGACCCCACUACCGGUUGCUAAAGAGAUACAAGGGCUACGAGCUGUAUUUGACGAAGUAUAUCCUGAUCCAGUCCGUGUGUUAAGUAUUGGUGUACCGGUUGAUAAGCUGGUGGAAGAUCCAUCAGGUCCUUGGGCUAUUAAUUACUCCGUUGAAUUUUGUGGUGGAACCCAUCUUCGCUCAUCUGGUCAUAUCCAGUCAUUUGCUAUUGUCACUGAAGAAGCAAUUGCUAAAGGGAUCAGACGCAUAGUUGCUUUGACUGGUAUGGAAGCUGUAAAGGCUCACAAGCGUGCAGCUGUAAUCCAAGAGAGAGUGGACGCCCUUUGCUCUACUGUAUUGAAUGGUCUCUCAACCAAGUCCAUGGCACCAAAAGAAGCUAACAAACUCAUUGUAAAGGAAGGAGAUGCUCUUUCUUCUGCUGUCAUAUCUCAAUGGAUAAAAGACGAGCUGAGAGAAAAACUCAAUACAGCAAAAAAAUCUGCAGAUGAAGCCGACAAAGCUGCCAAAGAGCUUUUAACUCAAAAAUGCAUAGAGCGUGCACAGGAACUAAUAGGUCAGUUUGAUAAAGCUAGCCCUCCUUCAUUUGUUGUUGAGAUAUUUGAAGCUGAAGGUUUGUCAAAGGCUCUUGACAAUGCUUUGAAGCAAUUCAAAUCUCUGGCUCCAACAGUUGCAGCAUUACUAUUAAGUGUGGACCACGACAAUCAUAAAAUACUGUGCCUCUCUAACGUACCUAAAAAUGCUAUAGCUAAAGGAUUGAAGGCCAAUGAAUGGGUCCAGGCUGUGUCGGUUACCAUAGGUGGUAAGGGAGGCGGUAGAGAUAAUACUGCUCAGGCCACUGGAACUAAUGUGGGCAAGCUGUCAGAUGCUGUUGAAGUUGCUAAACAGUUCGCAACAAAGUUCUUUUGAUUUUUGGAGUCUUAUGAAUAACAUGACUUGCAUGACUUGUUGAUUUUGUUUGCUAAUUAUUUUUUGAUCAUUGUUGUGCAUAAUUUAAAGUUGCUAGGGGCAAAUUGCCAAAAUGUUAAAUAAAAUUGUCAUGAGGUAAAUAGCUCAUAACUUUA